AUGGAGGAGGACCUGUUCCAGCUCAGGCAGUUGCCGGUGGUGAAAUUCCGCCGCACAGGAGAGAGCGCAAGGUCAGAGGACGACUUGGCUUCCGGAGAGCAUGAUGUCCAGAUCGAGGGGGUCCGAGUGGGCCUAGAAGCGGUGGAGCUGGAUGAUGGGGCAGCUGUGCCCAAGGAGUUUGCCAACCCCACUGAUGACACUUUCAUGGUGGAAGAUGCGGUGGAAGCCAUUGGGUUUGGAAGAUUUCAGUGGAAGCUCUCUGUUCUCACUGGCUUGGCGUGGAUGGCAGAUGCCAUGGAAAUGAUGAUCCUCAGUAUCCUGGCACCUCAGCUGCACUGUGAGUGGCGACUCCCCAGCUGGCAGGUGGCACUGCUGACUUCGGUGGUGUUCAUCGGCAUGAUGUCCAGUUCCACGCUCUGGGGAAACAUCUCAGAUCAGUACGGCAGGAAAACAGGGCUGAAGAUCAGCGUGCUCUGGACCCUGUACUAUGGCGUCCUCAGUGCUUUUGCGCCUGUAUAUAGUUGGAUCCUGGUGCUCCGAGGCUUGGUGGGCUUUGGGAUCGGAGGGGUGCCCCAGUCGGUGACGCUGUAUGCUGAGUUCCUUCCCAUGAAGGCCAGAGCCAAGUGUAUUUUGCUGAUAGAGGUCUUCUGGGCCAUCGGGACAGUGUUCGAAGUUCUCCUGGCUGUGUUCGUGAUGCCCAGCCUGGGCUGGCGCUGGCUGCUCAUGCUCUCCGCUGCCCCACUGCUCCUCUUUGCUGUUCUGUGUUUCUGGCUGCCAGAGAGUGCUAGGUAUGAUGUGCUGUCCGGGAACCAGGAAAAGGCGAUUGCCACUUUAAAGCGGAUAGCAACAGAAAAUGGAGCCCCCAUGCCUCUGGGGAAGCUUAUCAUCUCCAGACAGGAAGACCGAGGCAAAAUGAGGGACCUUUUCACACCCCACUUUCGCUGGACAACGCUGCUGCUGUGGUUUAUAUGGUUUUCCAAUGCCUUUUCUUAUUACGGCUUGGUUCUGCUCACCACGGAACUCUUCCAGGCGGGAGAUAUCUGCAGCAUCUCCAGCAGGAAAAAGGCAGUGGAAGCCAAAUGCAGCUUAGCCUGUGAAUACCUGAGCAAGGAGGAUUACAUGGACUUACUGUGGACCACCCUGUCUGAGUUCCCAGGCGUCCUUGUGACUCUGUGGGUCAUCGACCGCCUGGGGCGCAAGAAGACCAUGGCCUUGUGUUUCGUCAUCUUCUCCCUCUGCAGCCUCCUGCUGUUCAUCUGCAUUGGAAGAAACAUGCUCACCCUGUUACUCUUCAUUGCAAGAGCAUUUAUCUCUGGAGGCUUCCAAGCGGCCUAUGUUUACACGCCUGAGGUGUACCCCACGGCGACGAGGGCACUGGGCCUGGGCACCUGCAGCGGCAUGGCAAGAGUGGGCGCCCUCAUUACUCCGUUCAUUGCUCAGGUGAUGCUGGAAUCUUCUGUGUACCUGACCUUGGCUGUCUACAGUGGAUGUUGCCUCCUGGCUGCCGUGGCCUCCUGCUUUUUGCCCAUAGAGACCAAAGGCCGAGGACUUCAGGAAUCCAGCCACAGGGAGUGGGGCCAGGAGAUGGUUGGUCGAGGGACCAACAGUGAAGGUGUCCCCAGGUCGAACUCUGGCUCUCAGGAAUAA